GCUCCUCGUCCCAAGUUCCCAGUGGGCGUGGAGGAUUAAUCAGUGACAGGAAGCCGGGAUCGCUGGUGGUCAGGCUGCAAGUGCCCAGUAUCUUCAAGGCCAGCCUCAAGAGUCUGCCCUGCUUCCCACCUGCUCCCCAGCCAUGGGGUGUCUUGGGGCCUUCCUCUUCCUGUUGGGAAGCUUCCUGUUGGGGGCUCUGGCUAAGGACUGUGUCAUACCACAGGUGGACAGCCAGCUGGUGGACAAGCUGGGCCAGCGUCUCUUGCCUUGGAUGGACCAGCUCUCCUUGGAGCACCUGAACCCCAGCAUCUACGUGGGCCUGCGCCUUUCCAGCCUACAGGCUGGGACUAAGGAAGACCUCUACCUGCACAGCCUCAAGCUCAACUACCAGCGGUGCCUCCUGGGGCCUGUCUCUGAAGAUGACAACAGUGACUGUGAGAUCAAGCCUUCCAUGGGCCAGCUGGCCCUCUACCUGCUGGCUCUCAGGGCCAACUGCGAGUUCAUCGGGGGCCAGAAGGGAGACAGGCUGGUCUCCCAGCUCAAGUGGUACCUGGAGAAUGAGAAGAGGGCGAUUGGGCACAACCACAAGGGUCACCCCCAUAGUGGCUACUACAAGUACGGCCUCGGCAUCCUGGCCCUGUGUCUCCACCAGAAGCGGGUCCAUGACCACGUGGUGGGCAAGCUGCUGUACGCGGUGGAACACGACCACCAUCUCCACCAGGGCCACUUCUCUGUGGACACAAUGGCCAUGGCUGGCUUGGCCUUCACUUGUCUGGAGCGCUCUGGCUUCAACCCGGAUCUGAGGCCACGGAUCACCGUGGCCGUGGCCACAACACGAGAAAAAGUCCUGCUGGCCCAGACCCCCGAGGGCUACUUUGGGAAUGUCUACAGCACCCCUUUGGCACUGCAGUUGCUCAUGACCUCCUCAAUGCCUGCGGUGGAGCUGGGUGCUGCGUGCCUAAAGGCGAGGACCGCUCUGCUGGCCAGCCUGCAGGAGGAGAGCUUCCAGAAUGUUCUCAUGAUUUCCCAGCUGCUUCCUGUCCUGAACAGCAAGACCUACAUCGAUCUCAUCUUCCCAGACUGCCAGGCACCAAGAGUCAUGUUGAUGCCAGCUACUGAGGGCCCGUCCCUGAUCCACGCGCCCAGGAUGAUCAGUGUCACCCUGAAGGUCUCCAGCAUUGUGCCGCCGUACCAACAGGCCAUCUCCAUCCUCGCUGGGUCCUCCUUGGAGGAUGUCCUGAAGAAAGCCCAAGAACUUGGAGGGUUCACGUAUGGAACCAAGGCCUCCUUGUCAGGCCCCUACCUGACCUCAGUGAUGGGGAAAGAAGCCGGGGAUCAAGAGUACUGGCAGCUUCUCCGAGCUCCUGACACUCCCCUGCUGCAAGGCAUUGCUGACUACAAACCCCAGGAUGGAGAAACCAUUGAGCUGAGGCUGGUUAGCUGGUAGUCUCUGAACUGCGUCGCCCAGUACCCAGCCUGGUGGGACCCCAUGCUCUGGCCUCGCUCCUGGAACAGAUCCUGGCCUGGCUCUGCUGCCACCUUCUGCACACGCACCACCUCAGCCACCACCCCUGCAAAGAUCCGAAGAAGCUACACUGCUCACUCCAGAGCAGAGAGCUGGGCGCCUCUCCUGGGAUGUCUGCCAGCCCAGAUCAGGGGUGCCCUGGCCCUCAGCCUCCCACCCACGCCCUGCAGGAAGGCCUCCGCCGCCCAGGGACUGUGGCCCUGACCCUCAGCUCUCCACUCCCGACAGGUGACAGCCACAGAGCUGGGCCUGGUGCUACGCAAGGUCUCCGCAAUGCUCAUCUCCCAUCUGUGACUCCAUUAAAGUCUUGGUUGUCUGAA